AGAGUAAUAGAAUUUACUGGAGCAUUUCUUAGUCCGAAGCUUUAUAAAAGUAAAAUAGGUCACAGUGUCUUCAGUUCACAAACAAAUUUCAAGUGCAAAAGACCAGAUCAUGAUGAAUUUAUGAUGCAUAUUAAAUUAAUUAUCGGUGUGCUAUUGAUUUCAGAGUGCUUCGCAAAAAAGUACCAAGACAAUUCUUCUCGAUACUUGUCACCAAGCAUGCCUUGUCGUUCAUCGCUUUGCAGUUUUGUUGAAAGAUUUCAUUCUUACAAUUCUCCACGUCUGGCAUUGCGGUAUGACUCAGAUACAAAUUUAGCUAGAAGUUAUUAUGGCUACGGUACUCCUGCAUUUUACUCAACAUUUGAUCCAAUAAGUGUACUUGCAUCAUUAGCGUUUCUCGCCUUCUUGCUUCAGUCAUUUAUGUCACUUUUUGACAGGUCACGAUCAAUGAUACCUACAAUCGUCACCAACAGAUCUGUUCCUCGUAACCAAAUUCCUGAUCCAAUAGAACUCAUUAUGCAGGCUCUUGACGAAUAUGAAAUAUUCGAUAAUGUACCAGACAAAAAGGAACGGGGCAAAACUUGAUCCUACUAUAAGCUAUGAUAACAACGAUAGUAAUAAUAAGAAGAAGAAGAAAAA